AUGGCGCUCUCCAAAGGCGUGACCCUGGACCUCGCAGGUUACCUGGACUCUGCCGAAUGGAGCGACCUCGAGAUCUGCCACGGAGCCGACAGCUACAAGGUUCAUUGCAUUGUCAUGUGCAGCCAGUUGGGAGCGCUGCGACACCCGUCCGUUGAAAUGGAAGUGGAGCUCAAGAACGAUGCUAUAGACCUUAGUCACGAAGAAAAAGAUGCGGUGGCCUCCAUGGUUCAAUUCGCCUACAAUGACGACUACGAUAACGAGCUUCACUCUUGCUCAAGGGACCUUACGGAACAGGCCCUGCAUCAUGUACGAGCCUGUAUCCUCGCGUUCAGAUACAAGGCAUACGGCCUCCGAAACCUGGCCGCAAAUCUUUUAAAAGGCUUAGUCGAGGAGCUCUGGAGUAAGGGGCGGUUCGGAUUCAUUGUUGAGGAGAUUUAUGAGAACACUAAAGAUCCCAUGCUCCGCAACAUCGCUGUUGAUAUCGUCGUCAAUCACUACGCUACCAUCGCACUAAUACGCGGUACGGAUAUCCAUGUCGCGUUGAGUAGCGUUGCAAAAUUCAGUCAGGACUGUUUCACCACGAUGUGCCGGAAAAAGAUUGUCGAGGAAGCCCGCUUGGAUCCCACAAACCGCUACAAAUUCUCUUGCUGCGGAGACCAGUGGCCUAUCGCCAAUGACGGGUGCCUGGAACGCGUAGAGUGCCGAACUUGGAAUACGCCGAUCAUCAAGAGCGCCGAUAAAGAGGAACGGAUCUCCUUGAGCGGUUCGAACACUCCAUAA